GUCAUCGAUUGCGAAUCUGAGAUGGGUCGUCGGAACCGGAUACUCUUAAGAGAACAACAUUUACAGAACUUGGAAAACGAACAAAUAACUGAUCACACUAUCUCAAAUGAUAAUCCAAAUAUAAUAGCCCCUGUGUCUGGAAUCAGAAGGUCCUCAAGAAAAAGGUUUUUUCAGAACUUGGAUGUAGAAGGAACAUCAGCAGAUAUUGAAGAUAGACGUGCAUACGAAUCAAGAGAAUUAGAUGAGAUGGGUCAUCGGAACCGGAUGCUCUUAAGAGAACAAUAUUUACAGAACUUGGAAAACGAACAAAGAACUGAUCACUCUAUCUCAAAUGAUAAUCCGAAUAUAAUAGCCCCUGUGUCUGGAAUCAGAAGGUCCUCAAGAAAAAAGUUGUUUCAGAACUUGGAUGUACAAGGAACAUCGGCAGAUUUUAAAGAUGGACGAACAUAUAAAUCAGGAGAAUUAGAUGCAGUUGCAAAUACUCUUGAUAGUUCGUCUUCAUUUGGUCAAGCACACUAUCAAAGGCAAAAACAAGGUGUUGUUAUUGAGUACAAAGAUUUUGGAGAUGAUACCUUUCAAUGUGCCCAUUGCAAUGCAUAUUACUGGCGAGAUGGGAUGAAUACACGUGGAGUCUACACCGGUUGUUGCAAAGCAGGACAAGUAAGAUUACAACCAUCAAAUCAAACUCCAUCAUUUCUUGAAUAUUUAUUAGAAUAAAAAAAUGGUGCAAAAAGUAAACAUUUUCGAGAUAAUAUACGUGUCUAUAAUUCAAUGUUUGCUUUUACUUCAAUGGGUGCGGACAUUAACAAAGACAAACAAAGAAUCUGGACCUUAUGUUUUUAAGAUAUGUGGACAAGUCCAUCAUUUAAUGGGGUUUGUUUUACCAUUGCCUGGAGAAACACCUAAAUUUGCACAAUUAUAUGUUUAUGAUACUCAAAAUGAACUAUCAAAUCAUAUCAAUGCUUUAAGUCCUAACAAAAAACAGAGAAUUGAUUCUGAUAUCGUAAGCGGACUUUUACAAAUGUUUAAUGAGAUAAAUGAAUUGACAAAGAUAUAUCGAAACGUUAGAGAUAAAUUCGAAUAUGAUUCCUUACCAUCGGUCAAUAUGACUAUGUUAAGUCGCCAACCAUUUGAUAGCAAACAAUAUGAAAAACCAACAAACGAAGAAAUAGGUAGUUUAAUAGUUGGUGAUAUCGGGGAAUUUAAUUCUAAUAAAGAUGUUGUUUAUUCAAACGAUGGAUAUUUA